UGAGCGGGGCAGAUUGGAGCCCAACGUCGAACCCUUGGUCACGGUGGGGACUCACUUUGGCGCUGAGCCAGGGAGCGGUGGGUGGUCGUAUAGAUCGAUGCGGCUCUGCCCCCCAUUGAUUUUCACGCUACUUCGCCCUCUCUCUCUCUCUCUCUCUCUCUCCGCAACAGCUAUCAUAAAUAAUCUCUCCCUCGCGGUCUCGCCCUCUCACUUGCCUUGCGCAAUCAGCAAGCAGCUCUCGCUUUCACUUCCAUAGCAUGUCGGCCCCUGGAAACUCUUCUAGCGGGUGCGGCGGUGAAGGCUGCGCCGCCGCCCCUCAGCCUCAGCGAUAUUUCUGCCACCAGUGCCACGGCACGGUAUCGAUUACGCCUACUCCAACCUCCAAGCUCAUUUGCCCCAAUUGCUCCGGUGGUUUCCUCGAAGAAUGGGUGGAUGAUGAUCAGCCUCCUUUCCCCAAUCCUUACCCUAGCCCUAGCCGUAACCCUAAUUCGGGUGCUGGCCUUGCGACUUCUGGUAAUAGUGAUGGUGCUGCUGGUGGUGCACCCCCCAAUCGAUCCCCUCCCCCUACCCUCCGUCCAUCAUCCGAGGAGUUCAAUCCUUUCGCUUUCCUUCAGAAUUACAUCAAUACUCUAAAAGCCGGGGGUGCCAACAUCCAGCUCGUCAUCGAGAACAACUCAUCAGAUCCAGGCUCAGGAGGCCAGGCAAGAGAAGAAAAUUUGGACUGAGAAACUUUUUUGGUGAGCAUGAAUGAGGAGACCAGGACAUGGACGUGGAGCGUGGUGGCUUGUUUAAAAAGGAUUUUCAAGAAUUUAAGUUUAGUUUCCUUUUGAAACAAUGUUUUAUAGGGUUGAACUCUGAUCUUUUCCUAUAUGUAUGCCAUAAAGCAUGUCUUGGAAUUUUAUUUGAUUUAAAGGAAGUAUGAUUUUGGUUUUAA